AUGCCGCAGAUCAGCGACAUCUGGCUCCCAUGCCUCAUUCUCGUCGUGUUUUGGGCCAGGCCCACGGCAGCUUUCGGUGCCGGCAACAUUGCGAGCUUGAGCGCCAUUGAGGGACAGAACUGGCGCCAUGGAGAUAUCGAGGACACGCUGCUCACCCUGCUCAUUAGCGGCCAGACUGGCAAGAAGUUCAGCAAGAUGGAUGUUAAGCGCGUCUACUUUGGCAACUGGCUUCGCGACUACUCGCAGGCUGUCGAUGUCGGCACCGUCAAGAUGGUCUCUGCAGAGGCCAUCCGCAUCCUCCUCUGGGUGCUCGGCUUCAUGAGCUUCGGCUACGGAACCAAGGAGUUCGAGGUUACGCGCGAUCGCCUUGGAUGCUACCGACCAGAAGAGCAUAUUGACAACCCCAAGGACUAUGCCGACAACCUCGACGCCCGCGACUACGACCGACGCCUACGAGGCCCCGUUGACGAGAGACGCGAGCUUAGUGUCGACGAGCGGACCGGUCUGAAAAACUACAUCGCCUCAGAAGACUUGGGCAUCACAACAUCGGCGGGCAUGGUCCGCGACCUGCUCAGGCGUUGCAUUGAUCUCGGUCGACGCUCAGGAGGACGUGGUCCCGACUUCUACGAAGCCUUGAGACUGCUCGGCACUGCAACCCAUUGUAUGGAGGACUACUCUGCCCACUCAAACUACGUCGAGCUUGCCUUGAUUGAGAUCGACGAAGAGAAUCGUGACAUAUUCCCUCACGUGGGCAGAAACGCCCUGUUUGAUGUCCGCGCCGCCGGAAAGCAGGUAUACCCCAUAAUAACAGGUACAUUCGGUGGUGUCGACUUUUUGCACUCAGUGUGCGGAGAGAUUACCGACAAGGCCACACAAUCCGAGCUGCAGGAACUCGAAGGCGCAAUUGCCAAUGCUGAAAGGAGCGAGAACAAGAGCAAAAUUCAGGAGCUUCUCGCCAAGCUUCCAGACGGCAUCUUUGGCGGCAAAGACGAAUCUGGCAAGGCUGACGAGCUCGCCGACAACGCCAACGCUGCUGCCAUGGGAAACAUCCAGAUUACUCCCAAGGAACCUGAAGCCUUUACAGAGCAGAUUGGCGAGCUGGUCAAGCAAAUUUAUCCCAUUAUGGAGUUCCACGAUGAGAUCAUGCAAUCCAUCGCUGAGUUUAUCGAGAAGAUUCCGAUCCUACCAGACCUGAUCGAGGAGAUUCAAAGCCAAGUUACCGUCUUUGUUUUCAGUCUCCUUGCGCCUUAUAUCUUGCCUAUUCUUAGCCAGGUCAAGGCUGAGCUUGAGACUGGAUCCAGCGAGGUUAUUGCAAGCUCCCGCGAGAAGCAGCACAUUGUCUUUAACGACGACUACUCAACCGAUCCAACUCACAGCAUGCUCUCCAAGGACCACUUUUCCAACGUGCUCAACGAGCCUGCCGGUCGAGUAGCGUCUGCCGUACUGAGCUGGGCUGUUCCCCAAGUCGUUCAGUGCUGGGACGGUGAGGCUGAUCCCGAGGAAACCAUUGAUCGCAUCAUCAAGGGUGUCUUCCACCAUCCUGCCGUUGCUAUGGCAGAGAAGAGACAUGGCGGAGGAAGGGAUCGCGGAGCUACACAAUGCCAUCAAAUCAUGCUCGACACUGUCGGAAAAUGGUGGGAUUCCAAAGAUAGCAGAGCCAAGCGUGAGUUCCGUGACCAACUCAGUCGCGACGGUGUACAAAACCUUCGCAACCACAAGGAGAACGUACACGACAAGGGCCACGGCUGCGGCAAACCUCUGGGUAUGGCGAAUAACUUCGGUUCUUCCGGCGGACAGGGUGGUGUUAACCCACAGAUUCAGCAAGCCACUGAUCAUGUUGGCAAGCUUGCUGGUGAAGCUGUAGGUGGCGGCGCCCUGGGCGGUCUUGUCGGUGGUCUAGUCGGCGGCAUUGGUGGCUCUCUGCUUGGUGACGCUUUUGGAGGGAACGAAAAGAAGGGCCGCAAGGAAGAGCAUUACGGCCAAGAUGGUUCCUACACUCAAUCAUACUCCGAAACUGGUCAUCACCAGGCAUCUUCGUAUGGUGAUAGCGAUCGCUACGGUCGCGCUGAGUAUGAGCAGACACAAUACCCAAGCGGUGGACGUCGCGAAGAGUACUCCCGUCAGGAGCGUGAUGAGCGUGGCGGGUCCUACAGCUACGAGCAGAGCGUUGAGACUACCGGCUACAGUGGUUCCAGUGGAUAUGAGCGUCGGGAGGAGCGGCGUGUACAGCACGGCAGUGAAUGGCGCUCCGAGGAGACGCGCGAAGGCUUCGACCGCUCAGGGGAGUACUACUCUGAGGAGAAAGAACGACGUGGUAAGUCCAAGAAACACUCCGACGACGACGAUUCGAACGAUUCGGGCGGCGAAGAUUCGUACGAGAAGCGAAUGAAGAAGGAACGCAAGAAGCGUGAAAAGGAGGAGAAAAAGCGCAAUAAAUACCGGAAGCACGGCAGCGGUGACGAAGACUCGGAUGCUGACAAACGCCGCUCAGGAUCGGGUGAAUACAGACGUCGCUCUCGCUCCCGCGAGCAAGAGCACCGUCGCAAGAAGAGUAGCAGCCGCUCACCCAAGCGUCAUUCUGGAGGCCACUCGGGAGGCUAUGGCCAGGAGCAGAGCUACGGCCAGGAGUCGAGCUACGGUCGUCGUCAGGAGGAACCCAGCUAUGGCCGUGAACAACCAUCCAGGUACGAACGUCAAGAAUACGGCGGUGAAACUGGAGGCUACGGCCGUCAGCAGCCGCAGUAUGGUGCUGACUCAUACAGUACUGGUGGAUACGGCCGUCAAGAGGAGUCCGGAUAUGGCCGCCGCCAGGAAGAGUCGAAUUACGGCCGCCAAGAGUAUGGCCGCCAGGAAUCAUCUCGUUACGGUGCUGACCCUUACAGCUCCGGUGGAUAUGGUCGUUCAGAAGGUCAGGAAUACGGUGGUGAACGAUCCGAUCAGGCUUAUGGCGCCUCUGGUGUCCCUGGAGGCUUUGGCGAAGAGCCUCAAGGCUACGGUCGUCGCCGUGAUGACGAAGAUGAAUAUGGCCAGAGGAGACAAGAAUAUGGCUCUGGCGGCUAUGGUGGCUCUGGAGGAUACGGUGAGGAGGGGUAUGGAAGACGGUACUAG